AUGCCUGAAAUCCGGCCCACCGCUGCUGCAGGAGAAUUGCCUCCCGUUCCAGACCAUUUGACCAUACCCCAGUUCAUGCUGGAUUCUGGUUAUGUGGACACUUUACGUCCUAAACGACCGGGUCACGGUCCGUUCCUCAUCGACGACGCGUCAGGUCGCAAGGUCUCGUUAGACGAGUUACGAGACCGUACACAAGCCCUUGCCAACGUGCUUUCGUCUGUGUACUCUAUAGGCGAGGAGGACGUAGUGCUGGUUUUCAGCAGGAAUCAUCUCGACUACCCUGUGGUUUUGUGGGCAACUCACCGGUUGGGCGGCAUUGUCUCUCCCGCGAAUCCGGAUUUCAACCACAGCGAGUUGGAAUAUCAGCUCAAGGCAACACAAGCCAAGCUUCUGAUCAUUCACCCUGAGGCGGUCGAAGCCGCGACGACUGCCGCAAAGACAUUCGGGCUUCCCACAGACCGCAUCUUAGUGUUGGAUGUCGACAAUGUCAAGCCGCCAAAAUCUUUGGUCAACAUCAACUCGUUGAUCAAGAAGGGAUCAGAAAUGAAGCCCGUACCCGAGCGUAUCCUCAAGCCAGGAGAAGGCAAGACCAAACUUGCCCUAUUGAGCUUUUCCUCUGGCACGACUGGACGACCUAAGGCCGUUGCUAUACCCCACACGUCUUUAAUCGCCAAUGUCUUACAAGUCGCUACUCAUUCCAGACUCCAAGACGAAUCCAUCAAAUGGGAAGACCGCCGUUAUCGCCCCGGCGAUGUCUGCAUUGGAGUACUUCCACUUUACCACAUCUAUGGUCUGGUCUUCAAUCUUCACUUCAUGCUUUAUUGCUCGAUCGACCUGGUGAUCGUCCCCAAGUUCAACUUCGAAGCGAUGCUCAAAAGCGUCGUCCGUCAUAGAAUCACCCACUUAAUCAUCGUCCCGCCCCAAGCGAUCCUCCUUUGCAAGCAUCCAGCUAUGAAGAAAUACAAGCUAGACACUGUUCGAACGAUCAUGACAGGUGCAGCUCCACUUUCCGACGAAGUUAACCAGAUGCUCUUCAAGCUAUUCCCUGAUGCCCAUAUUGGCCAAGGAUAUGGCAUGACGGAGACGUGCACGGUCGUCAGUCUCUGGCCAAUUACAAGAAAACGCGGGCAAUCUGGCAGUGCGGGUGAACUCAUCCCCGGCGUUAUUGCUCGCGUGCUAAAACCGGACGGGACGCUGGGUGGCUACAAUGAGAUUGGGGAGUUGAUGGUCAAAGUGCCAUCUGCUGCUCUGGCAUAUUACAAUAACCCACAAGCUACGAAGGAAACUUUCAUCGACGGAUGGGUCCGAACUGGGGACGAAGUCCGCAUUACCCCUGACGGGGAGUUGUGGAUUGUGGAUAGGUUAAAAGAGAUCAUGAAGGUUCGUGGCUUCCAAGUCGCGCCAUCUGAAUUGGAAGGCACUCUACUUGACCAUCCAGACGUGUCAGACGUUUGUGUUGUUGGUAUUCCUGACGACUACAGCGGUGAAGUGCCUCUUGCUUUCGUUGUGCUUAGCGCGGACGCUGCGGCUCGUGUCAAGAAAACACCAGCCGCGUUGGAAGAUGCCAGAGCUUCGAUUAUUAAUCACAUCCGGGACAACAAGAUCGCAUAUAAACAUCUGGCCGGUGGGGUUGAGUUUAUGGAGAGCAUUCCUAAGACUGCAAGUGGCAAGCUGUUGCGGCGCGUAUUGCGGGACAAGGCGAAGGAGCUGAGGAAGGGCUCGACAACCACGAGGGCCAAGUUGUAG